AUGGCAGUAGGGGAAGAUGGGGCCUCAGGCAGGAUGUUUGGUAAAGGACACCAAGCAGCUGAUUGGGUUAAGUCCCCAGCUCCUCCCACCUACCCCUCCAGUCAACCAGAAACAACAAAAGGGUCCAGGUUGAGCCCUCUGGAUGGAGCAGGCUUCCUGUCCCUCAGCACCAUGUCCUGGAUGACGCCUGUGAUGUGGUCCAUGUCCAGGAAACAGCUGGACUUGAGUUCCCUCAGUCUGUCUCCACUGGAUGGAGCCGACGUCAACGGAGACAGGCUGCAGACUCUGUGGGAUCAGGAGGUGUGUGCCGUCGGUCUGCAGAAAGCGUCUCUGAAUCGAGUGCUGCUUCGUUUUCAAAGAGACAGACUGCUGCUGGUCCUCUGCAUCAACGUCCUCUUCAUGUUGUCUCUGUUCGUCGGAUCAGGUGUCCUUGUCCAUGAGAUCCUCGGCCACAUCAUCCACAUAGAGUCAUCAUCUACAGUUUGGGGGGGCGUGGCUCUGUGUUUUGGCCUGGUGUCCGUGGAGCUCUUCAGGGUCUGCUGCCUCACCCUGAGCUGGGCCCUCAACCUGAGAACAGGAGUCAGACUGAAAACAGGUUUCUGCAUGCUGGGGUUCAACAAGAUCAUCUCUCUGAGGAUGCACAGCAGAGUCUCUGUGGGACAGAUGGUGAAUGUUUUAACCAGUGACAGUAACAAGCUGUUCGGAGCUGUCCUGUUGGGUGCUCUAGUGCUUCCCUUCCCUCUCCUGCUCAUCAUUUGCUCCGUGUACACCUGCUACAUCCUCAACUACACCGCUCUCAUCGGCUUCUUCAUUUUCAUCAUCUUCAUCGUUCUGCAGUUUGUGUUAGCGAGGCUCAUCAGUCACUUCCAGCAGAGAGCAGCGAUCAUCACCUCCAGUCGAGUUUGCACCGUGAACGAGCUCCUCGUCUACAUCAGACUCAUCAAGAUGUACGUGUGGGAGCAAGCCUUCAGUAGCAAGAUAACAGACAUCAGGACCUCAGAGAAGAGGAUGUUGGAGAAAGCUGCUCUUAUCCAGAACCUCAGUGUGACCAUCAGUCCCCUCGCUCCUGUCAUCGCCACUAUGUGCACCUUCAUCGUUCACACCUCCCUUGGUUUACCCAUCAACACCUGCACGGCUUAUCCCGUCAUCACAAUCUUCAACUGCAUGAGGUUUAUUCUGUCUAUGGCGCCCACUGCCGUCAAGCUCCUGGCUGAAGCUGCUGUGUCUGUGAAACGCCUCGAGAAGUUAUUGCUCGUAGAGAAUCCAAAGCCAUACAUCCUCCAAAAGACAGACAACACAUCUGCAGCCGUCAUCUUAGAGAACGCCACACUGUCCUGGAUCAAACCAACCCACCCUGCUGAGACAGAGGACAGGGAUGACCUGGUGUCCAAAACUAGACACAGUGAAGUGCUGCCCUCCCUGAGGAACGUCUCCUUCAGGUUGCAGAAGGGCCGACUGCUGGGUGUGUGUGGGAAUGUCGGCAGUGGGAAGACAUCCUUGAUCUGCAGUCUGUUAGAGCAGAUGCACCUGCAGCAGGGAUCAGUCUCUGUGGACGGAUCAAUAGCCUACGUCUCUCAGCAGGCCUGGAUCUUCUACGGGACAGUCCAGGACAACAUCUUGAUGGGGGAACCUUUGGACCAGUCCAGGUACGAUAAAGUCAUCAGCAGCUGCAGUCUGGAGGCCGAGGAUGAUCAGACUCUGUUGGGAGAGCAGGGUGUGAGCCUGUCAGAGGGACAGAAGCAGAGGAUCAGUCUGGCCCGAGCCAUUUACUCCGACAGAGACCUGUACCUGCUGGACGACCCGCUGUCAGCUGUGGAUGCUCACGUAAGAAAACACAUCUUUGAGGAGUGCAUCAAGAAGCAGCUGCAGGGGAAGUCCAUCGUACUGGUCACUCACCAGCUGCAGUACAUGGAGUUCUGUGAUGAAGUUCUGGUCCUGAAGGAUGGGACGGUACUGGAAAAAGGAAGUCACCUGGAUCUGAUGAAGGCAGGGAGACACUACUCUGAGCUCAUCAACAAACACCUGACAGAGCAGCCUCAGAGAGAAGAGAGAGAGAAGAAGGCAGAGCUGAACAAACACAUGAACGGAGAGAUAAUCAAUCCAGCUUUUGAUUUAUCAGGCAAGAACACAGACACUCCUUCUUCUGACUGCAAAUACACCUGUUCUGCCGAUCAGCUGAUCCAUCAGGAGAGCAGCAGGAGCAGUUUGGUCACCUGGAGAACAUUUCAUCAGUACUGCCGUGCAGCUGGAGGAUACUGUGUGGGCUCCUUCAUCCUCCUCAUCUUCAUCCUGAUGACCACGAAUAUAGCCACAAGCUUCUGGUGGCUCAGCUACUGGCUGCGGCAUGGACAUGGGACCGUGAACGUGACGACAGCGGAUGAAGGAGACCUCUCUCUGAACCCCGACCUGCCUUUCUAUCAGGUGGGGUGUGGUGUGAUGAUCGUCAGCCUGCUGACCGUCUGCAUGAUCAAAUGUUUCUGCUACAUCAAGGUCACGUUUCAUGCCUCCACCACGCUGCACAACGGCCUGCUGGAGAAGGUCCUAGUGAGUCCGAUGAGUUUCCUUGAGACAACACCGACUGGCAGCCUCCUCGGCUGUUUCUCCAGAUGUCAGGAUGAGAUCGACUCUGUAUUGCCUCAUCAUCUUAACGUCCUGCUCACCUUGUGGUUGAUGGCUGUCUGCGUCUGCAUCAUCAACUCCAUCAUCUUCCCCAUCAUGGUGCUGCCGGUGUUCAUCCUGGUGACCGUCUUUACUUUCCUUCUCUGGAUGUUCAGGGGGAACAUCGUACAGUUACAGAGGAUGGAGAGUAUCAGUCGUGCUUCCUGCAUCUCUCUGUCCGCCUCCAUCGCUCAGGGCCUCAGCACCAUCCAGACCUACAACAAGAUGCACAACUUCACAAAACUGUUUAAGAGUCUGUCAGACGCCAAUGCCAACCACCUCUUACUGUUCCACUACGGGAUACGUUGGCUCUGCUUCCUGGCCGACUCUCUGUGUGCUGUCAUGACGCUGCCGGUCGCUCUGCUGGUUGUCUUCGUCUCUAAUGACGUCAGCAGCCCCCCCGUUAAAGCCCUCGCUCUGUGCUUCAUCAUAAUGCUGACAACUAACUCUCAGGCUAUGAUCCAGUCCCUGCUGGAGGUGGAGGUCAGAUUCAUAUCUGUGCAGCGGCUGCUUCAGUACAUCAAGGGCUCUGGGCCUGAGGCUUCCAGGCAGCUUCAGGUGCAUCAGGUGUCGGAGGACUGGCCUCAGCACGGAGCCAUCACCUUCCUGGAUUAUAAAAUGAGGUACAGGCAGGGCUCACCUGUCAUCCUCAACGGGCUGCAGCUCCACAUCAGAGCCGGGGAGAAGCUCGGCAUCGUGGGAAGGGCUGGAUCAGGGAAGUCCUCUCUGGCUGCGGCUCUGUUCCGGCUCGUCGAACCGUCUGAAGGAAGCAUCCUGAUAGACGGCGUGGACAUCACGUCUGUUCGACUCUCCAACCUGCGUGCAAAACUGUCCAUCAUCCCCCAGGACCCUGUGUUGUUCACAGGGACUGUCAGGUACAACCUGGACCCUUUAAACAGCUACAGUGAUGAGGAGAUCUGGGCAGCUCUGGAGAAGACCUACAUGAAAGACACAAUCAGCAGUCUGGAGAAAAACCUGCAGGCUGAGCUGACGGACAACGGAGGAAAACUGUCUGUAGGACAGAGACAGCUGAUGUGUCUGAGCAGAGCGCUGCUACAAGACUCCAAGAUUGUCUUAUUGGACGAGGCGACGGCGUCUGUUGAUGCAGAGACAGACGCUCUGAUCCAGAUCACCAUCAGUGAGGCGUUCAGGUGCUGCACUGUUCUCACCAUCACACACCGAAUCAACACGGUCCUGCAGGCGGACCGCGUCCUGGUCCUGGACCAGGGAGAGGUGGUGGAGUUUGAUCGUCCGGAUGUGUUGAGACAGAAACCAGACUCUCUUUUCUCACAGCUACUGGCUGCUGCUAACAGUGGGCUGUCUUGAAGUUUGUAACUGCAUCAAGUCCUCCAACUCACCAAAACUGUGAUGAUUUGAAGUCCUUCAACAGACACUGUCACAUCCUUGAAAAACAGUGAUCAUGGGAUGUCCUAAAGACCAUUAACUGGCUACUGUGACUUCUUGGAGUCUUCAAACACACACACAAGCACGGCCAUGCUCACAUUGACACAAAGACACUGUGAUGUCCCACAGAUCUCAAACAGGACUCUGUGCUGUUGUGGAGUCUAAAAACACAGACACCCUGACAUCCUGUGGUCCAGACCGAACAGGGAUAGGCAGAAGGAUGUAGAGUGGAAGGUAAGCACACAGACUAAUGGGUGAUGAAGCAUCCGUUGUUCUUUUCAGUCACACUUU